UGGAGGAUGACGCUGUAUUUUUCCAAUGAGAAGAGCUGAUGCUUCUUUUUGUGCUUAAUUGUCACGCAGUUUUCAUAAUAUUGGAGCUCGAAUUGCAUUGGAGUUGAUUCCAACUUGUUGCCUGUUGUUGAUCUCGUAUAUACUCACAUCAACACCACAACAAGCCCCCCCUUAUAUACAUCACCCUCAUCGUCAACAACAACAAUUCCAACAUCAAGACGCGUAUAUAAUCCAACAAACCUCCAAAAUGCAACUCCGCUUCAUCCCCCUCCUCUCCCUCAUCACCCCCCUCCUCGCCGCCUCAACCCCGGACCCAAACCCCAUCCUCACAGCCAUCAACACAAUCUCCUCCGACACAACCGCCCUCAACACCACCGUCGCGUCCUGGGACGGCAACGCCCUCACUCUCCUCGAAAUCACCGUCCAGUCCGCCAAGCUCCUCGCCGCCAUCAACGACGGCACCAAGACGGCCAACAAGGCGGCCAACCUCACCCUCGCUCAGACGCUCGACGUGGCCACCGCGACGGUGAGCCUCGCCACGGGCGUCAACCAGACCAUCACCACGAUUGUGUCGGCGAAGCCCAAGUUUGACAAGCUGCUGGUUGUAGACCCGGUGAUUUUGUUGAAUUUGAAGCUGGAGCAGGAUGCGUCGAGGGACUUUUCGGCGGCGGUGGUAGCGAAGGUUCCGGCGGAUUUGCAGGCCAUUGCGCAGGGUUUGACGCAGGGUAUUGAUGAUAGCUUUUCGGAGGGAAUUGCGGUGUAUGAGACGUGGUAAUGAUGACGAUAAUAAUGAUUGAGGUAGUUGGUUUCGUAUCUCUGUACGAGUCAGCUCAUGAAAUGAAAAAUGCGACAAGCUGUUUGGAAA